CUGGAACCAGGUCGUUGGAAUAUUGACUUCCUAUCCAUGACAUUCGUUUGUGAAUUUCAACAUGGGUCUUACAGAUAUUAAGUUCCCUUUCUCCAAUGCUCGUGUUGCUUCAAGAAGGAACUCCCUCACUAUCGAAUCGGAUCGUGUGUCAUCGCCUAUUCCUUCAUCGAAUAACCAGUGUUACGACAUUCCGGCGAGGAAAGCGAGGCAUAAAUUUAGGAGCUAUAGGCUUAAGGGCGAAUAUAGUCAACCAUGGCUCGAUGACAAGCGACUGAAAAGAACGAAGUACGGUAACAUAAUUGUUUGGAUAUUCGUUCUCGGAGCUGUGUGUGUAAGUGGCUACCUGAGCUACGACGGCGCAAAAAACGCGAAGACUGGAGAUUAUUGUCUGAUUUUGGAUGAUCACUUCAAUGGCAUCGACGACGCGGUGUGGUCUCAUGAAGUUCAGAUCGGUGGAUUUGGGACAGGCUCCUUCGACUGGACGACCGCGGACAAGAAGAACAGCUUCACUGAUGCGGAUGGCCUCCAUAUCGUCCCGACUUUGACGACCGAGACCGCUGGUAUCACAGAGGAACAGAUUUUUAAUGGCUAUACCCUGAAUCUCACGAAGACUGGAGAUGGAGACGGCACUUGCACAUCGACAGAUUACAAGGCUUGCUCUAUUCACUCAAAUGCUACGACGGGGGCAACGAUUCCCCCGGUUCGAUCCGCACGCCUUUCGACGAAGGGGAAGAAGUCCAUUAAGUACGGGCGGAUUGAAGUUACGGCAAAGAUGCCGCGGGGUGACUGGCUAUGGCCUGCAAUUUGGAUGAUGCCAGAGGAGAACAAGUAUGGCGAAUGGCCUGCUAGUGGUGAAAUUGACAUCAUGGAAAUGCGUGGCAAUUCUUGGAAAUACCCUCUCGGUCGCGACGCCAUGGUCAGCUCGCUCCACUGGGGCCCUUCCUCCAAACUUGAUGCCUACUGGCGUACUUAUGGCACUAAAUUUCUGCGUCGCACCGAUUUCACUGACGAUUACCACACCUUUGGUCUUCAAUGGUCGAAAGAGUACCUAUUCACGUACCUCGAUAGUCGGCUUAAGCAGGUUUUCUAUAUGAAAUUCGGGUCUAAAGAAUCUAUGUGGGAGCGAGGCCACUUCGAGGGUCAGACGGUGAAUCAAACUGUUGUCGAGAACCCGUGGUCGAAGACUGGGAAUACAAACACCCCUUUUGACGAGAAGUUUUAUCUUAUCCUGAAUGUGGCGGUUGGUGCGCAGAAUGGGUGGUUCUUUGACGGGAAAUUCAAUAAGCCGUGGGUUGAUAAUGGGGUAACUGCUGUUGCAGAUUUUGCUAAAGCUCAGGAUAAGUGGCUUCCAACGUGGGGAGAAGGAAAUGCGAGGGGAAUGACUGUAAAGUCGGUGAAGAUGUGGCAGGAAGGAAAAUGCUAGGGGGAAUAGCCCCCCAAACAACCAACUGCAUCCCUUCAAUUGAGCGCUAUCGCGAAUUCUAAUUUGAGAACGCAUAACAUAUAUAUACAUACAUAAUUCAGGCUAG